AUGACUGGAGCUACAGAGAAAUAUGAGUACCGUGGCAUCAUUCCCAGGGCAAUUCAACAGAUUUUUAAAGAGGUGGAAGAACAAGCAGAUCUUGCCCUCACUGUAUAUGUUUCCUACUUGGAGAUUUACAAUGAGACUCUAUUUGACCUACUGUCCACCAUGCCUGACAGCCCAACAUCUGAUGCACAGAUGACAAUAGUGGAGGACGGCCAUGGUGUGCGUAUCAAAGGACUUUCCAUCCGUCUGGUCACUACUGAGGAAGAUGCCCUCAACUAUCUGUUUGAGACUCGGUGGAAGGAGGCUUCAGAAGUCAAGUACUUGACCUCAAAACUCAACAUGGUGGAUCUUGCAGGUUCUGAACGCUUGGGAAAGACAGGAUCUGAAGGACAGGUGAUGCGAGAAGCAAUGUACAUCAAUAAGUCACUCUCCUUCCUUGAACAGGCCAUUAUUGCUCUUGCUGAUUCCAAGAGAGAGCAUAUUCCGUUUAGGCAGAGCAAACUCACGCAUGCACUGAAGGAUUCCAUAGGUAGGGUUGGGAAGAAGUUUGAACCUGCAGUAUUUAAGCAGCUCACUUGUCAACAUCCUUUAGGUGGGACCUGCAACACUAUCUUGGUAGCAAAUAUCUAUGGAGAGGCUGCUCAAAUUGAAGAAACGCUAUCUACGCUCCGGUUUGCAUCAAGAAUGAAGUGUAUACCAGCCGAGCCAGUCGCUAACGUAUAUAGUGACCCUAUGAAAUUGAUUCAGAAGCUUCAGAAUGACAUCAAGGUACUUCAGGAUGAGCUGGCUAUGUAUAAUAUACUGGCUAGCCGUCGACAGGUCAGCUACGAAACUUUAACUGCAAAUCAAAUCCGAGACAUCAAAGCUCAAGUCUGUAGGUACUUGGAUGGGACAAUAGAAGAAAUUAAUAUUACUAACGUCAGGCAACUUCGUGAGUCCUUUGCACAAUUCAAGAUUAUUUUGCAGCAACAGGAACAGGAAAUAGAGACUGCACUGCGGAAGAAGUACAUCCUCAUAGAUAAAACAAAUAAAGAAACGGCCCCUACACCUGAGCCGAUGGGGCAUAAGAUCUCUGAAGAAUCCCAGGUUGGAGAACUUAGUGGAGAAGGGUUUGGAGUUGGACUGGCUCCCGCAUCAGCUAAAGCUAAGAAAUUAAAAAGUAAAAAGACCAAAGAGUCAGCUGGCUCCACCAAGAAGGAACGUGUUUCCAUCGCAGGAAAAGAUCCUGAAAUGAUACUCCAAGCAAAAGAACCUGUUCCUGAUGUUCCUGCAAAACCUACAGUGCAGAGAGAGCAAGAGGUAGCUAGUGCCGAGUCUGCACUGUCAGAAUCAGCUGUCAAACUGGAAGAGAUCAGGCCUAGCACACCUCCACAGAAGUCAGAGAUGUUUGAAAUAUUCAAAGCAGAGAAAGGACGCGAGAUUAAUCGUAUUCUUAUUGAGAAUAAAAGUAUUCUCAUUGAAAAGAGGAAGAGCAUGAAGGAGUUGACUGAGCGAAUCAACAACACCAAGGAAGAGAUUGACAUCACUAAGCGGUCACUCAAUAUCAAGAAACGGGAGCGACAUGAUCAAGGUGAGUACAUGAAUAAACAAGACGAGCCUAUAGUUGAUGAAGAUGAGUUCAACCUAAUCAUUCAAUUGAAGGAUCUGAAACACCAAUACCGACAGGACUUUGAUGCAUUGCGAGACCUGCGGGUGGAGGUGCAGUACUGCCAGAAGCUGGUGGAUCAAUGCAGGCUGCGGCUGCUGACCGAGUUUGAUAUUUGGUACAACGAAUCCUUUCUGAUUUCUGAUGAUGCUCAACUCACGCCACAAGUAGACAGUAUCCGACCAGGGUUGGUCCCCUACCCCAGAAUGAUAUCUUUGGAAGAAGAUGAUAAGGAGAAAUUCCAACGCAUCCAACAUGAAAUCCUGAUGGCGAAUCCAGAAUCAGUGUCAUUUUACAAAGCACGGAUGAAGCUGGAACAACGGCACAAUUAUAUCAAAGCCAUGCUCAGCACCAACCAAUAACCAUAAAGAAGAAACCAGGAAUGAUCAUCUCACCAUCAAGAACAAACCACCCUCCAAUCUUCAAUGUCAUUAAAUUCCAAGUUACCGCAAAGGAAAGAGGAACCAAAGGAAUCCAUCCAUGUCUUCUGCAUGAAGAGUAUAUAUUAUUUAGUUACAGUUUGAAAAGAAACUGAAAUCACCGUCACAAAUUUUAA